AUGACAACCUAUCAAGAAGCUCUCUCUGGAUUAGAGCAAACAAAAACAGAAAGACAGCAUAAUUCCGACAGAUCUCAAUUAUUUGUAACAGGAGCUAAGCGGGAUUUGAUAGCAUCAAAUAACAAUGCCAAAAAAAUGAGCAUGGAAAACUAUGCUUCUGCAAGAAUAGGUUUAAACAAUAUUAAAGCUCAAAAUUAUGCCGACAAUAAUGAAAGAGCGACGAAAAUGUUUUACGCAUAUAUUGAAAAAUGUCAUAUCUUCAGUAACAAUUUGGAUAUCAUUACCUGGGAACUUGUUCGUCAAUCACCGACAACUCCCUCAAAAUUGUACAGGAAUUUCGAGAGCAUAAAAAAAAAGAAUAUUGGGCAUAGUGGGAUGGCUGAUAAUGCCAUACAGAGUACCAGUAAUAAACGGAAGAGAAAGUCAAGUGUCAAUACACUUGGCAUUGAGCAUAAAAGCAUGGUUUUAUUCGUAUCUCUAUUGCCAUUGAACACUACAACAAGCUUUUAUCCAGUUUUGAUAUAAAGGAGACUGUACACUUUCUCUUUCUCGCAGGGGAUGUAAACUUAAUGAGUUCAAACACCACUGAUACUCUUAUUGCACAUUUACAGGGUGCUCAUAAAGAUCUUCCCUACAUGCUUACCUUUUUUGAUCUGCGAAAUUGGGUGUCAUUUAUUUUUGAAAGACUGGAAUAGGUAGCAUUUUUAAACAGUCGGUAAAUCAAGACUGGGAAUCACAGUACUGUGCUUCCAAUGUCAAUUGGUCACCUUACCGAAGGUUGAAAAAAGUAUGGUCGAGGGGUGUUCUGCGGGAAAUGUCAUCAUAACGGUUGACAUGCCAUAUCGUCUAAACUUCAUAGGAUGCUUUCCAAGUUCUGACUUGCUUGGGGUGGGGUUUGAAUAUGUUUCUAUUUUAAGUAAAAUAGACAAAUGAAAUCAUCCUGAC